AUGAAAAUGUGCAUCCUAAUGUCUAGGCAUCCCAAGGAAGAGAGAGUGGCACUCUCUCCAUAUAAACUGUGGUGUAGAGAAGUUAUUCUAAAUAAAAUCAAAUAUGAGGAAGAUAGUGAGCCAGGUGGACCUUCAAAUUUCUAUCGCAGUGGAACGAACUGGGCAUGUAGCAGCACUGCACGAGGCUCUCCGCUAUCUCUGACUUACUAUGCUUUCUGUCUGGGAACUCGGGUGUUGAAGAAUUUCAACAUUGAAAAUGCAGCUGGUGGGGUUCGUAAAGAAAUUAUAAAGAAUUUCACGGCAGUUGUGACUAGUGGUACCUUGGAGAUUCGCUUCUAUUGGGCUGGAAAAGGGACAACCAGUCUCCCUUACCAAGGAGUAUAUGGUCCUCUCAUUUCAGCUAUUUCUGUGAACUCUGAUACCGUACCACCAUCAGAUGGCAAGUUGUCAAUGGGUGUUUUAGCUGGCAUUGUGGCUGCAGUAGUUUCUCCCAAUCAUUCUGCUUCUGGGUAUCCUUUGGUGGGACUUCUAUCAGAUGGCACCUUGAUCGCUGUAAAGCAGCUCUCUUCCAAAUCAAAGCAAGGAAAUCGCGAGUUUGUGAAUGAAAUAGGGAUGAUUUCUGCCCUGCAACACCCUCAUCUUGUAAAGCUGUAUGGAUGUUGUAUUGACGGAAAUCAGUUGCUGCUGGUAUACGAGUACAUGGAAAAUAAUAGCCUUUCUCGUGCUCUGUUUGCUGACAAUAUGUCAAUCUUGUCAUUGAAAGGCCCGGAAGAAUGCCAGUUGAAUUUGGAUUGGUCAACACGGUAUAAGAUCUGCAUUGGAAUAGCUAGAGGCUUGUCUUAUCUCCAUGAAGAAUCAAGGCUUAAGAUAGUGCACAGAGAUAUCAAGGCAUCUAAUGUGUUGCUUGAUAAUGGAUACAUGGCUCCUGAAUAUGCAAUGCAUGGUUACUUAACUUAUAAAGCAGACGUUUACAGUUUUGGAAUUGUGGCAUUAGAAAUUGUCAGUGGGAGAUAUAAUGCCAGUGACAGGACAAAGGAAAAUUCUUUUUAUAUUCUUGACUGGGCAAUAUUUAUUAUGUAUAAUCAGCUGGAAGACAUGGCUUUCACUAUUGAGUACAGAUUGUGGAACCAAACCGCACCAGCUGCUUCCUGGUUCGAUCGGCUGGUCUGGUCUGGUGUUGAUAACAAUGUGUUGAAGUUGGGUAGCAUGAAAUUUUAUCAGACAAGUUGGUGUGUCUAA